GCUGCCGGGUCCCCGGCCUCCGGGGAGAACGGGCCCUUUGCAGAUUAGAGAUAUUUGAAACGAAAAAAGAGGUUACAAAGUCGCCCCUUUCGCGCUGAACUUUGGUUUUCUGACCGAUAGAGGCCGGUAGAGGACUGUGAGAGAAAAGUUGUCCCCCAGGAUGGACUUCACCGCGCAGCCCAAGCCUGCCACUGCCCUCUGUGGCGUCGUGAGUGCCGACGGGAAGAUCGCUUACCCUCCGGGGGUAAAGGAGAUCACCGACAAGAUCACCACCGACGAAAUGAUCAAACGACUGAAGAUGGUAGUGAAAACAUUUAUGGAUAUGGAUCAGGACUCAGAAGAUGAAAAACAGCAGUAUCUGCCAUUAGCCUUGCAUCUUGCUUCUGAAUUCUUCCUCAGGAACCCCAAUAAAGAUGUGCGUCUUCUUGUAGCAUGUUGUUUGGCUGACAUCUUUCGAAUCUAUGCCCCAGAAGCUCCAUAUACGUCUCAUGAUAAACUUAAGGACAUAUUUUUGUUUAUUACCAGACAAUUAAAAGGUUUGGAGGAUACAAAGAGUCCACAGUUUAAUAGAUACUUUUAUUUAUUAGAGAAUUUAGCUUGGGUUAAAUCGUAUAACAUCUGCUUUGACUUGGAAGAUUGCAAUGAAAUUUUUAUUCAGCUUUUUAGGACUCUCUUCUCAGUGAUCAACAACAGCCACAAUAAGAAGGUACAAAUGCACAUGCUAGACUUGAUGAGUUCUAUCAUCAUGGAAGGUGAUGGAGUUACUCAAGAAUUACUGGAUUCCAUUCUCAUUAACCUCAUUCCUGCACAUAAGAACUUAAAUAAACAGUCCUUCGACCUUGCAAAAGUCCUGUUGAAAAGGACCGUCCAGACUAUUGAGGCAUGCAUUGCCAAUUUUUUCAAUCAAGUCCUGGUGCUGGGAAGAUCGUCAGUAAGUGAUUUGUCAGAACAUGUAUUUGAUCUAAUUCAGGAACUUUUUGCUAUAGAUCCUCAUUUGUUAUUAUCUGUCAUGCCGCAGCUUGAAUUCAAACUGAAGAGCAAUGAUGGAGAAGAGCGAUUAGCUGUUGUUCGACUUCUAGCUAAAUUGUUUGGCUCUAAAGAUUCUGAUUUGGCAACACAGAAUCGUCCUCUUUGGCAGUGCUUUCUUGGACGAGAGUCUCAUUCAAUUAUUCAGAUACUUGAGUUUUUUUCUCUUAUUACAGAAUAUUUGAAGGUUAGAUCUCAUGAUCCAGAAGAAGCUAUUCGUCAUGAUGUCAUUGUAACUAUAAUAACAGCUGCCAAAAGAGACCUUGCCUUAGUAAAUGAUCAGCUGCUUGGUUUUGUAAGGGAAAGAACACUGGAUAAGCGGUGGCGGGUAAGAAAAGAAGCUAUGAUGGGUCUUGCUCAGCUUUAUAAGAAAUACUGUCUUCAUGGUGAAGCAGGAAAGGAAGCUGCAGAGAAAGUCAGCUGGAUAAAAGACAAACUUCUGCAUAUUUAUUACCAGAACAGCAUUGAUGACAAACUAUUGGUAGAGAAAAUCUUUGCUCAGUAUCUUGUUCCCCACAAUCUGGAAACAGAAGAGAGAAUGAAAUGCUUAUAUUAUUUAUAUGCUAACUUGGAUCCAAAUGCUGUAAACCAAAAAAACAUAUGUGACUGGCUGUUCUUUUAUUUCUGUUUUAAAUUUCAGUCAGAGGCAAACUGUUCUGCCAUGUUUGGAAAACUGAUGACCAUAGCAAAGAAUUUGCCUGACCCUGGGAAAGCACAAGAUUUUGUGAAGAAAUUUAACCAAGUUCUUGGUGAUGAUGAGAAACUGCGGUCUCAGUUGGAGCUAUUAAUCAGCCCGGCAUGUUCCUGCAAACAGGCAGAUGUUUGUGUGAGAGAAAUAGCCCGGAAACUUGCAAAUCCUAAGCAGCCAACAAAUCCUUUCCUAGAGAUGGUCAAAUUUCUGUUAGAAAGAAUUGCACCUGUGCACAUUGAUUCAGAAGCCAUAAGUGCACUAGUAAAAUUGAUGAAUAAAUCAAUAGAGGGGACUGCAGAUGAUGAAGAGGAGGGUGUAAGUCCAGACACAGCUAUUCGUUCAGGGCUUGAACUUCUUAAGGUUCUGUCUUUCACACAUCCUACCUCGUUCCACUCUGCAGAGACAUAUGAGUCCUUGUUACAGUGCCUAAGAAUGGAGGAUGACAAAGUGGCAGAAGCUGCCAUACAGAUUUUUAGAAAUACUGGCCACAAAAUUGAAACAGACCUUCCCCAAAUACGAUCGACCUUAAUUCCCAUUUUACAUCAAAAAGCAAAGAGGGGUACUCCACACCAAGCAAAACAGGCUGUGCACUGUAUACACGCCAUAUUCACAAAUAAAGAAGUCCAGCUUGCACAGAUUUUUGAGCCUCUCAGUAGGAGUCUGAAUGCUGAUGUACCAGAACAACUUAUAACUCCAUUAGUUUCGUUGGGCCACAUUUCUAUGUUAGCACCAGAUCAGUUUGCUUCCCCAAUGAAAUCUGUAGUAGCAAAUUUUAUUGUGAAAGAUCUGCUAAUGAAUGACAGGUCUACAGGUGAGAAGAAUGGAAAAUUAUGGUCUCCAGAUGAAGAAGUUUCCCCUGAAGUACUGGCAAAGGUACAGGCAAUUAAACUUCUGGUAAGGUGGCUGUUGGGUAUGAAAAACAACCAGUCUAAAUCUGCCAAUUCAACUCUUCGGUUAUUGUCAGCGAUGUUGGUUAGUGAGGGUGACCUGACAGAGCAAAAAAGGAUCAGUAAAUCUGAUAUGUCUCGCUUGCGAUUAGCUGCUGGUAGUGCCAUAAUGAAGCUUGCUCAGGAACCUUGUUACCAUGAAAUUAUUACCCCAGAACAGUUUCAGCUCUGUGCACUCGUUAUUAAUGAUGAAUGUUACCAGGUAAGGCAGAUAUUCGCUCAGAAGCUGCAUAAAGCACUUGUGAAGUUACUGCUCCCCUUGGAGUACAUGGCGAUCUUUGCCUUGUGUGCCAAAGAUCCUGUGAAGGAGAGAAGAGCACAUGCACGACAGUGUCUGCUAAAAAAUAUCAGUAUACGCAGAGAAUACAUAAAGCAGAACCCAAUGGCUACUGAGAAAUUACUAUCACUGUUGCCUGAGUAUGUAGUUCCAUACAUGAUUCACCUGCUAGCGCACGAUCCAGACUUUACAAGAUCACAAGAUGUUGAUCAGCUCCGUGAUAUCAAAGAGUGCCUGUGGUUCAUGCUUGAAGUUUUAAUGACAAAGAAUGAAAAUAAUAGCCAUGCCUUUAUGAAGAAAAUGGCAGAGAAUAUAAAAUUAACCAGGGAUGCCCAGUCUCCAGAUGAGUCAAAGGCAAACGAAAAACUUUAUACAGUAUGUGAUGUGGCUCUGUGUGUUAUAAAUAGUAAAAGUGCUUUAUGCAAUGCAGAUUCACCAAAAGACCCAGUCCUCCCAAUGAAAUUUUUUACACAACCUGAAAAGGACUUUUGUAAUGACAAAAGUUACAUUUCAGAAGAGACAAGAGUACUUCUAUUAACAGGAAAGCCAAAGCCUGCUGGAGUACUAGGUGCUGUCAACAAGCCUUUAUCAGCAACAGGGAGGAAGCCCUAUGUUAGAAGCACCGGCCCUGAGACAGGAAGCAGUGUUAAUGUAAACUCAGAGCUGAACCCUCCCACUGGAAAUCCAUCAAGGCAAUUUUUCCUACAGUUGUUCUUGUUACUAGCCAUCACUACUGGCUGGAAGGAAAUUAAUUCUGAUCAGCCUACCCAGGGCAACAUCAGCAGUGAUCGAGGAAAGAAAAGAACAGUAGCAGCAGCUGGUGCAGAGAACAUCCAACAAAAAACAGAUGAGAAGGCGGAUGAAUCAGGACCAGCCGCCCCAGCCAAAUCUAGGCGGGGACGUCGACCCAAGUCUGAAUCUCAGGGCAAUGCAACCAAAAAUGAUGAUACCAAUAAACCACUUAACAAGGGAAGGAAAAGAGCUGCAGCUAGUCAGGAGAUCCCUGGGGGUUUGGAAGCAGGUAAUGCCAAAGCACCCAAACUGCAAGAUGUAGCCAGAAAGGCAGCACCAGCAGAGAGACAGAUCGACUUACAAAGGUAACAUAUGUCAUUUCUUUCUUAGCCUUGAGUUGAGACAUUUUGUUUUAUCCUUGGUAUGUGUCAGUCACCCCCAACAGCUAGGCUUGGCAAGUGAGAACUGCUCUUUUCCUAAGUAAGUUAUGACAGUGUUUGUUUUAUCUCAUGACCUCUGAGUUGAAGGAAUUAAUUGGAAGAAAGAUCUUUUUUCCUUGGGUUAAUUUUUAUUUAUUAUAUGGUAUGUUGAUUUUUCUGUUUAUUGGGAAAGAGAAUAAUUAUCUUUUGCCUGGUAUCCUUCAGAGGGUUGCAUGGGUUUAUAUAACCUAAAGAAUUAUGUUUGGGUACAGUUCCAGAAUGGGGAAGAUAGUCCUUGCUCUUUAUUCUCGUUGUAGUUAAUUCUGAUACAGGUCAACAACUUAUUCUUCCCCUGGCCUGCCGUUGAAACAGGCUUACAGCUGCUUACCUUUAAUUAUUCUUGGCUGAGAUGUUGAAUUUUCCACACUAUAACAAUGAUGCCCCAUUUAGAAAUUUAAAAGGCAGCCCCUUUCAUCUUGACCUAUAAUUAGAACCUAACAUGCCCUCCUCUUUUGUCCUUAUAUACCUAACGCACCUACCCCUAAAUUAGACUGUAAGCAUCUGAAUUCCUUAUAGAGAAGAGUCCCAGUUUGAUCAACUCACAGUACCUCCAGGAUCCUUUUUCAGUAUUUUUCUAAAGUGCAGUGUCACUGAAACAUGUGUAAGUACAUUUAAAAUACAGUUGAGACUCUGUAGGUUGACCACCCAAGGGACUGUAAUAAACUGGUCAACAUAAGGAACUAGGCCUACUGUACUGAUAUGUACAUGUGAUGCAUGUCCAGUCUGUGAAAAUGAGGUCAACUUGACAAAGUGGUCAUUGUAAGGGAGGUGGUCAGUCAUGUAGGUUCUACUGUAUUACCAUUUACUAAAUUUUGCAAUUUGUGACUGUUAUGUUUCUAUGGAUUUGAAGUGUGUCUGGACAGCUUUUGCAACAUCUUAUGAGCCAGACUUAGUGCUUAGCUCUUUGUUAUCCCAUUAAAUCCUUAAAAUGGUUCUGUGUUUUAUUUUAAAUAACUGAUAUAGUUCAUAUAUGUGAUGGUUUCUAUUAAAUGGAAAAUGUACACAUAAUUUUAAUAACUGUUAAGUAAAAUAGCUAGUUUAUUUAAAAUAAUCAUAGAUUAGACUGGGCUCAGAGGCUCAUGCCCUCUGAAGUAAGAGGAUCAUUUGAAGCUAGGGUUUCAAGACCAGCUUGGGCAACAUAGUGAGACCUCAUUUCUACAAAAAUACUAGCAAUAACUAAAGGUUAAAUGAGACCAACCUCUUUCAGAGUACAUGCAAACACAAUCCUUGCAUUUUAGGGUUAGAGAGGAAAACCAAGAGAACAAUCAGAUAUUUCUGAAGAUGGCAAACAUAAAUAAAGCACUCAAUGCUAAGAACAAGAUGCAUGAAAAUUAGUUAGAAUUAUAUGUAGAAGGUAUUAUGGAGUCUAGCGUCAUUAUUAGUAGUAAUAAUAGUGAUAAUAGAAAAAGUUCCAGCUCAGUGCUUGUAGUUCAAGCAGCUAAGGUGUCAGCCACAUA